CCGGAAAUAUAUCUCCGCCUGAUUCCUCUUGCAAGCAGCUGAUGCGACAGCUGAUGAGUCUGUAUCACGCUGGUCACACUUCUAGCAUCUAAACAAUAUCUUCGCAGACUCGAAAAAUUGGACACAUCACCUGGGACGCAAAUUUGCUGACGUGCGACGAGCGUAGCAGCGCAGCAGCUAGAUGCAGAGCUCCGCCUUCGCGUACAGGGAACCCGCAGAUCAUUCGCCCGCGUCCCGCGCCAUGUAUAUGCGCGACUGGCGCUCGGCCCUGCGUACGCCCACAUACCGGAUAGGGAACCGGACGGUGCGCUUCAACUACCACUUCGCCUUGCUGAUAUCCUGCGCACUGGUUCUUGCCCUGCUGUUUUUCUUUGCCCGCCAAGGCUCGCAUUCAUCCUCCGAAGGCUACUGGCUGCGUCGCAAUUUCGCGGAUGCUGCCUCUAUCAAGUUGGAGAAUGUACCGGUGACCCACGUCUACAAUUCUACCUAUCCUCUAACGCCACCAGUGGUGUUGCGUGGUGGAGUCAUUAGUUACCGAAUAGCUAUCAUUGCUGACCUGGACACUAAUUCAAAGGUAAACAAAGGCGAUGGUAGCACAACGUGGCGAAGUUAUCUCAAGAAGGGCUACCUCACUUACACCGUGGCCCGGUCCGAGAUACAGAUUAGCUGGGAUGAUGGAGCGCCCACAGCUUUGGAGUCUUCCUUUGCCUUGAAAGGCCGCGGAAUGGAGCUCUCCGAACUGGUUACCUUCAACGGUAAACUACUCAGUUUCGACGACCGCACUGGGCUGAUAUACGAAAUAGCGAAUGACAAGCCCAUACCCUGGGUGAUCCUGCUCGACGGUGACGGACACAGCGCCAAGGGCUUUAAAUCGGAGUGGGCCACCGUGAAGCAGCAGACGCUGUACGUGGGCUCCAUGGGUAAGGAGUGGACUACAAGUGCGGGUGACUUCGAGAACAACAACCCCAUGUACGUAAAAGCAAUCACAACUGGCGGCGAGGUUCGGUCCCUUAAUUGGGUGAACAACUUCAAGCAACUACGCCUGCAUUCUCAGCAGAUAUCCUGGCCGGGCUACAUGAUUCAUGAAAGUGGCGCCUGGUCGGAUAUCAAGCAGCGCUGGUUUUUCCUGCCUCGACGCUGUUCCAAGGAAAAGUACAACGAAACAAAGGACGAGCACAUGGGCUGCAAUGUCCUGAUCUCAGCUGACGAUAGCUUUACCAAUGUGGAAACGGUUAAGCUCGAUCCUGAGAACACAGCCCCGACGCAUGGAUUCUCAAGCUUUAAGUUCCUGCCAGGCACCGAUGACUCCAUAAUUGUGGCCCUCAAGUCUGAGGAAUUGAACGGAAAGACGGCCACCUUCAUCACAGCUUUUGACACCACUGGCAAGACACUGCUGCCCGAGCUGCGAAUCGAGACGGAGUACAAGUACGAGGGAUUCGAGUUUAUUUAGCCCAACUGGC